AUGUCGCCCAGGGAGACCGUCGUCAUCGAAGCCGCACCGCCCGCGUAUCCAGGUAGCUAUGGCGCCAUCGAAGUCCACCACCAUCACCAUACUGUCCGUGCUCGCACGCCUCGAGGCGCUUGCUGUAGGGCACUCCUCGUCUGCCUUCUCAUCCUCCUCAUCAUGGCUGCCUUCGGUGUUGUCGCGUUCGUUGCGUGGAACUUCUACAACUUGUCCCAAUGCGAGAAGAACAGAAUGCCCUGGGAGAAGCCUUGCAAGGAUUGGCUAGGAAAGGACUCGGUUAUUUGA